GCCAGUGUGUUUCUUCUGUAAAGAUGGCAGACGUGCAGCCGCCACCCCUCCGGAGCCUGGACGACUUUCUGCUGAGCUCGGCCCGGUUCGCGGUUCCGGACGUGCGCGAUCUGGAGCGCUGGAACCACCGCGUCAUCAACAACCUGCUGUACUACCAGAGCAACUACCUGCUGGGGGUGAUGGGCUUCCUGCUGCUGCUGGGGUAUUUCCAGCCCUUCCAGCUGUUCGUCGGGGCCACGGUGGUCACCUCGUUGUUCCUGGGCUUCGUCUGGGCUGCAGAGAACCAAGCUCCCAUCCGCCGUUUCCGUAGAAACCAUCCAUUAAUCUGUCUACUGGCCAUUCUUCUGGCCAGUUACCUCUUCAUAUCGGUGCUGGGAGGAGUGGCUGUGUUCCUGUUCGGGAUAGCCUUCCCUGUACUGAUGGUUCUCAUCCAUGCAUCCGUGAGGCUUCGCAGCCUGAAGAACAAACUGGAGAACAAACUGGAGAGCAUCGGUCUGAAGAGAACGCCCAUGGGACUCCUGCUGGAGGCUCUGGGACAGGAGCAGGAGGCUGGAUCCUAGAGGAGGAAGGAGGAGGAGGAAGGAGGAGGAAGGAGGAGGAAGGAGGAAGGAGGAGGAGGAGGAAGGAGGAGGAAGGAGGAGGAGGAGGAGGAGGAGGAGGAGGAAUGAAAGUGAAGACAGGUGAGAGAUGAAAGCAGGAUGAGAACUGUACUGCAGUGGAAGAGGAGGAGAUAGGAGGUGUAGAAGGCUGUGGUUUAGUUUGUUCACUGAUCUGAAAUCAGGAGGAAAAGGACUGAAGCCAACAAACAAAUAUGAAAUUCUUUCUGAUGUGUUUUUGCCAAACGUUGCACUUUAAGCUCAUCGUUGUUCCAGGUGUGUUCAUGGUGAAAAGUGCCAUAACUUCAUAUGUAUUUAUUUCUGUAUUUGGAGAAUAACGUUGGUAUUUUAAAAGAAAUAGUUCAGUUUCCUAAAAUCUGUGAGAAUAAAAUGACUAUUAUUGGUAAAACCCUACAUGUUUAUACUGUCCAGCUGCCCUGUUUACUGUGAUAGAAUAUUAAAAUCUGUACUUAUUUUACUAAUUAAUUUUCACAACAAUCCAACUUUUAAAAAAUAUAUACAUAACAAAAAUAUUUCCUUGUGAAGCUGCAAUUUUAUUUAUUUAUUUAUUUUUAUUUCAAAUAGUAGACUUUUAAAAAGCCUUUUCUCAUAAAAAAAAAAAACACAAAUUUAUUCCCAAUUUAAUCACAUUCUCCUUCAAAGACACACUUAUUAUUUUUAAUGUUGCAUCUUUUUCUCAAAAAUAAAAUGAACACGGAUUUAUCUCAUAAUGGCAUUACAAUUUUAUGUGAAAAACUUACAGAACAAAUUUUAUUCUAGAAAUGUUGGAUUAUUUCUCUUAAAGCUAAAUCUUUUUAUUCUGAAACUGAAGCAUGUUUAAAAUAAGAUCAGUUUAUUUUUUAAAUAGAAUCACACAUCUAUCGUGGUGUUUUUACCAGUUUAUGUGAAACCAACUUUAUUCUUUAAAUAUUGAUAUUUUUCUCUUUUAAAAUUAGAACUUUAUUAGGUUGAUUCUAUAACUUUGUUUUUAAAAAACAAACAAACCAUUUCCAUAAAUUUUACCACUCUCUCAGAAUUACAAAUUAAUGAGAUUUUCUUGUAAAAGUGCAACCUUAUUGUUUGAAUAUUGUUUUAUUUUCUCUGAAAGUCAUACACCAAAGUAUCGACACUGCACCAUACAUGCAGUAGUUGUACAAAUAUUAAUAUUUUUAUUUUCGUGACAAAAUCAUGUUGAACGUCAGUGUGACAUUCAAGUAAACAUGCUACCGUUGAAAAGUCUGGGGUCACUUAGAAAUGUCCUUAUUGUUGAAAGAAAAGCAUUUUUUUCAGUGAAGAUAACAUUAAAUGAAUGAUAAAUCCAGUCUAGUCAUUGUUAAUGUGGUAAAUGACUAUUGUAGCUGGAAACAGCUGAUUUUUAAUGGAAUAUCUCCAUAGGGGUACAGAGGAACAUUUCCAGCAACCAUCACUCCUGUGUUCUAAUGCUACAUUGUGUUAGCUAAUGGUGUUGAAAGGCUCAUUGAUGAUUAGAAAACCCUUGUGCAGUUAUGUUAGCACAUGGAUAAAAGUGGGAGCUUUUGCCUGGGUGACCCCAAACUUUUGAAGAGUCGUGUACAUCUGCACUCCUUAUGUAAGAUUCUUUUUGUCAUGUUUGCCUUUAUUCAUACAAUGCAGUCUAGAGAAGGCAGAAUUUGUGGGUAAAGACAGCAGGGGAGAGGCUGUAGUGAAGGUCUGGAAGCUGAAAUGUGGCUGAUGGUAUUUCCAUCCAAUGUUGGGCCUUCUGUUAAUACAGGAGAAUGCAGGACAACAGGUGGAACCAAAGCGCCUACAAAUGUAGUGGAAACACAUAUAAAAUGUACGUUUUUGUUCUUCAUACUCUCUCCAGUGUGCAUGAGGAGUAACUGAAAUCGUCUCACUGCAUUGGAGGACUUCCUGUGAUUGUUUAGAUGGACGGUUUUAGCUGAGCACUGCUAACUUCAACAGAACUCCUUCCUUCAUUUAGUCUUUACUGUAUUUUGUCGCAUUGAUCUAAAAGAAGUGAAGUUAGAAGGUGUUAUAUGAAGAACAAGUUCAGAAUGAAUUAACUUAUGGUCGGAGUCCCCGUUGAGACUCAAUAGGAGCAGAUGUGAAGCAUGUUUAAACUAAUCCUUUUCCUCAUUUCCAAGCCAGAAUUAAAGGCUUCACCCUCAGAGCUGAACUUUUCCGCUGCUGGUCGGUGGAUCUGCCCCGUCCUCCACUGCUGGCAACCAGGAAGAGCAGAUGAAUAACUCUGAAUCUCCUCUUAAUUCCUUUAUAGUUUAAACCUUUGUUGCCACAAACAACCACUAACAGUACAGCCCGUUGGUUGCCGUGCCAACGCUUGUGGUGUCUGUAUUUUUGCAGUUUUCCUCCUUGUAAUUUGCUCUGUUUUUAGCCAUGUUAGCCAUGAACGGGUCAGUCUGCUGCUUUAGGCCAGACUGAAUCAUCUCCACACAGACUCAGUGAAGUUUGGUUCAGUCUUUUGCACUUCAGUGAUCUCACUUAUGAGACGUCACGUUCAAGCUCGCCUGCAUUGGAUUAGCUUCAACAGUGGUGCAGUUAAGGGUUUCUUUCUGUCUUUUUGAAAAAUAUCGAAGCCUUUUCCUUGGUGUAACAGCACCAUGCUCCACUACAUAUUGAACUAUAGUACAGUGCUUGGAAUUAGAAGAUUAUCAUGUAAAUUUGCCAGCUUUAACCAUGUAGCGUCAUCAGGAAAACAUUCAUUUUCUGACUGUAUUCUCCUGUGGUUAGACCUUUUGUAGUCAAACCAGACAAAAGCCCAGAUUUGAAGCUUUUAAAUGAAGUGCAACCAGAUACAAACUCCUAUAAAGUGGUCUGAAUGGAGUGUGUGUUGUGGUUUUUGGACUUUAGUUUGAAGUAUGUGGCUGUUGGUGGCACAGGAAGUAGAAUAGCAUUGUUAUUCGUGUUGGUAGGAAUGGUUUUGUGGUUUUGAUUGAAGUUUCUUAUCAAAGUUCUGGUUUCACUACACCCGUUAAACAAAUGGUGUUUCCAUCAGCCUCAGCUGUGCUGUGUUGCCACGAGCAAAUGUUAGCUUACUGAGAUGCUAAACUAAGAACAAAUACGCUGAACAUUAGCUGCUACAUGUUAGCAUUUAGCUUAAAGCACCGCUGUGCCUGAAGCCUCAUAGAACUGCUAGCUUGUCUGUAGACUAUUGUUCAAUGAUUCUUAUAUUUUUGUUCUAAAUUUGAUCAUGUUGACCACCGACCAAACAAAUUUGCAGAAAUGUGAUUUAAACCUCCGUCCUGCUAAACUUUGAGCUUCAGACCAGUCCAGACAUCACCGCUUACUUUCUUUAUUAUACCUUAUUAAGGCGCUUUUCCACCAGCACCUCCUCGACUCGACUCGGUUUAGGUCGUUUUCCAUUACAGUUGAGUUCCACCUCAUCAUGGGUGGAGUCAUAAAACCCUCUCCGUCCUCCAACAUGGUCUCCAGUAAUGCAGCGGUGGAGUCGAGGCCACUCUCCCUCCUGUUGCUCGCCGGUCGGUGUCCAUAAAUGGCGUCCAUUUGGUUAAACCACUUUCAACACCUGAGGUUUGACCCACUCCGGCCGUUGUGGUCCUUGAUGGACCGAUAGUCACUUUUGAGCUUCUUCAGCUUCUCCUGACACUGCUUCAUUGUACUGCUGUAUCUGUGGGCGGCCGUCCGCUCAGAGACCUCCUGAAAAACUUUCUCCAUCCAGCUCCCUCUGUAUUCUUUGGUCCACCACCAAACACAGAAAAGUCUUUGUUCGCCCCCGGUACAGAUCUGUGUGUCGUCACUCCCUGUCCAAUCAGUGGCCUGCACUCUGUAGACGGCACAGUAUCGGCUCCACUGAGUUCGCUGGGAACCCCGGCCCAGUAGGAACUAAAAUAGUACCUGGUACCAGGUUCUAAUGCAAAACCUCACAAACCGAGUAGAGUCGAGCCGAGUAGGUGCUGGUGGAAAAACGGCAUUCAUGUCCUGCAUUGUAGACUUGAUGUUGACAUGCUUUUCUUUCGAGACAGAUGAAUAAAAUGCACUUCUGUGUUGCUCUCAAGGAGAAAGAAAAACACUACCAGGAAGGAAAGUUCAUUUAUGCAGUCAUAAUAAAUACUCAUUUACUUUUGUAUUCCUCGCAUUGAAGGUGUUUGACCAACUGAAAGCUCUAUUAUUGUAUUCUAGCUGCCUACUAUGGGGACCGUGCAUUAUAUCUGGUAUUGUUAAUUGGGAGCCGGUUACAAACACCUGGAGGUGCCUGUUUACCUCUGUAUCCUGUGUUAAAGUAAUCGGGCUCUGAGUUAUUUUCAUUCCUCCUGACCAAUGUCUUAAUCUAAGUUCAUGAACCUGGCCUCAAGAAGGUUUCCUCUACACCUAUUUUAUCUAAAGCAUUUAUUAAGCAGCUGAGGAUGCCAGCUUCUUGUAUUUCUGUUUCUUAAUCAUGUUGUUCAAAGACUUUGUCAGUUUAUUGUGUGUGUUAUUGUCAUUUCGAUCGUCUGUAUCUUGUCUGAUGCACUAUGUUUCUUUCUUGGAUGGUGGUUGAUGAAGAUGUCCUGUCAGAAGACUCUCCAGCCACCAGAGCCUCCUCCACUAUUAGUGGUUUCAUAACACGAGUAUGGAAAAACACUUAAAUCUGAGUAGGAAGAAGAAAUGCCUUUUCUCUGUAACAUCCUUGCAUUGGAUUUCUAGAUUGUAAGUUGCAUGACUACAUUUACCUGAUUUACAGGUGAUGAUUCUGAUUGUUCAGUGUUGCCUUCCAUUCAUUUUUGUUUCUCUGAAGUUGUGUCUUUGACUGUUUUGCCAAACGCUGAUCAUUUUUUCUAAAUAAAAGAGGUCUCACAUGA